AUGGCUUCACGAUAUGAUGAUUGGCAAUCAAGUAAGAAAACAGUCUUACAAAGAAACGCGUAUAUGUUUGAUAACGAAUUGAUGAGCGAUGUAUCUUUCACUUGUGGGGAAUCAAGUCGCAUAUUUCAUGCACACAAAUACGUGCUCGCUACGAGCAGUGCUGUGUUCUUUGCCCUGUUAUACGAGAAUUUAGCCGAGAAAGAAUUUCCCAUUUGUAUCGAUGACGCGGAAGAAGAAAGCUUCGAAGAGUUUCUGCGAUUUCUGUACACUGACGCUUGUAAAAUAACCGCCGAGAACGCGAUAGGUGUUAUGUAUUUGGCUAAGAAGUAUCUCGUUUCGUCUUUGGCGGAGAAGUGUUGCGAGAUUCUAGAGGCAAGCAUCAAGCCUGAUAAUGCCUUCGCGGUGUUGAAGCAAGCGGUGCAAUUUGAGGAAAAAGAGUUAGAAGAAAAGUGCUGGAAUAUUGUUUCGGAGAAACCUCAGGAAUGCAUCAACUCGGAAGCGUUCUGUGAAAUCGGAUCAUCUACGCUCAAUGCUAUUCUAAAGAAAGAGACGUUAUCGAUAACAGAAAUGGAAUUGUUCAAAGCAAUAUUGAAAUGGGCCGAUAAGGAAUGUGAAAGACAGGGUUUAAAUAUCGAACAUGAUAAAACGGCAAGAAGGCGCAUCCUAGGAGAUAGUGUUUAUGAAAUUCCUUUCCUUGCAAUGUCAGAAGAAAACUUUGUAAAAUAUAUCUCUCCCACUGGAAUACUUACAGCCAUAGAAAUUGUGUCCAUUUCGCAAAAGCUCUACGGACUAGAUGUGGAAGGCUUGAAAUGGAAGGAACAUCGAAAGAGGCAACCAUGUAUAGUAUGUUUCAGUAAAUUUGACCCUAGUAAUAACGGAACGGGUUGGACUUACACCAGUGGAUGUUCCGAUGCUCUUGCCCUGGUUGUCAACAAAGCUGUUCUCUUUCACGGUGUUCGCUUGUUUGGUUCCAAUGGCGGCCAAUACGAAGUGAAAUUUACGAUUAAGGAUAAGAAUGUAACAGGGUCCUACACUUCAGAACAAGACAGUGACUGCGUGCCUGGGUAUGACGUCAUGUUAGCCAAACCAAUCCCUCUCCUGCCAAAUGAAGAGAUCACAAUAAUUGCGACAAUAACAGGACCACAUUCUUACCACGGUAACAGUGGAAAAUCAUCAGUGACUAUCGAUGACAUUAUUGUAACUUUUAAAAACGCACCUACUGGCUUAAGAUCCAAUGGUACGAGCAAAACUCAGGGUCAGUUCUACAAGAUUUUUCUUUCUAAGCUGUAGUUUUGAGAAUAUUUUGUGACUUGAUAUAAAUUAAUUUAAAUGCAUGGCUAGUAUUACAUGCUGUAUGGGUCAUACAAUAUAUAAUACUAUAGCCAUUUAUGAUGCUAUAAAAUUGAAAUUUUUGGACAUCUUGUUCGAUAGAACUGCCGAAAGUAUAUUUUUUUGAGAUUUUCAUCCAUUUUUAGAGGUAACCAGCAACUGCACAUGCUCCUGGUCAGGUCUAAACAUGUCUUUAGAACACCAGUAGAUAGCAUAUCUCAGACCGUAUACAAGGUGUCCCAAAACCCCCAAAACUAUGCCCCAGCACUAAGCUGAAUGCAAAGAUGCGUAAAAUAAAUAUUGACAGGGUGCACAUAUUUAAUGUUGACUGACUUAUAAUAUUAAGAAAUUAAAAUAUCUUCUUUGUAAAGUGCACGAUUUUCUGCUCUCAGGAAUUUAAAGCAGCUUCUUAAACAGUUUCUUUAUGCAUAAAAUUUACUUAUGCCAAACUUUUAUGCACUUGUGGAUUCAGCAGAGUGCUGAGGCAUUCGAAUUCUAACAAUACGUUAUUUCAAUAGUUUUGGGGUUCUUUGGGACACCCUGUAGAUUUGAGCUGUUGGAAGGCUAAGGUUAAACAAGUUAGUGUCUGAGUUACGGGUUGUUUACCAUUUACAUGGAAAACCCAUCCGGUUUGAAAUUGUGCUAAUGGUAAGCAAAAUUUCGGAUAGAAAAUCUCAUUUGGAUUAUGUGCUUUCAAUUUAAUAAUUUCAAUUGUUAAAUCGAGAAAAGCCUGGAACUGGUGAAAAAAUAAAAAAUAUGUAAAUGGAACAACAUUUACCGGUUGAAACUUUCCAAUCGGUAAGAGAGGACAACCUUUCCAAACAAACCGUUUAUUCCGGAAAAGUUCCGGUUGGGCCGUCGAAAUAUGCUUGUUCCAUUUACUUUCCGUAUGGAAUCACCGGAAUUUCCAUGUAAAUGGUAAACAACCACGGACUUACGGUAUUUACAUAUGCCAUAUACCAUGCAAGUAUUUAACUGAAGAUUCAGUUUAUCCACAGUAUAAUGCAACGCUGUAUAUCCAAAAAUCUCUUUCAGAAAACGCACGAAAUGCUAUCCUUGAGGUGGAAAAAUACAAAAUUAUUUGGGGGAGAAUACCCCCAGAACCACUUACUCAGUACAUACGACUUUUUUUCACCAACAACCAUCUGUCAUCUCUCCAUACUCAGGAUAGUAUGGUCACUUUCUGUGGAUUGCCCCCCCCGACGAAUUCUUGAAAAAGGCCCUGACCCUAAGUGGACUUGGCCCACUAUUGUUUAUUAUCAUGAUGGCUUCUUUAAUUUUAGUUUAUGCGUGCAAGGGGGGGGGGGGGGAUGGGAAGUAAGGUACCAAAUUGCUGAUUAUGCUGAAAAAAUAAAAAUGGUGGCCUUGUAAACACGGAGUGAUAGCUUAUUCUUGUAAAUAUUGAAAUAUUUCGGUUGUUUCGGCAGUUUUUAUUGAAAAUUUUCAGCAUAAUCAGCAAUAUGAUACCUUACUUCCCGUCACCACCUGCGCGCAUAAAUUAAAAGCUAGAAUUGCCUAUUCAGAGAUCUGGAUUGCGCAUCAAAAUGAGGCGUUUUACGUUGGGGUAAAUUGUGGUUAAAUCGUAACAUAGAAGCAUUAAUUAUAUGCAUGUCAAAGUAUUGAACUGUUUAAUCACUAUUUGUGUUUUACCAUGGGCUAUGAAGAUAGCUGUGAAGCUCAUUGGAAUAACAAGAUAACUCAUUGUCUAUGCUAGUCAACGUUUAUUCAUAAAUCUGGUAGUUCACUGUCAUGUGUGUCGUGUAUUUUUUGCCAAAUCCACAAAUAGCAAUUUCCAAUUUCCCAAUUGUUCGAGUCAUGGAUAGGUAACUUUCCUAAAACAUUGCUAUUGGUUAGUUGAGCAAAAAUACAAUACACAUGAUCAUGACGGUGAAGGACCAGAUUUAUGAAUAAACGUUGACUAAGGCCCCGUUUACAUGAGACCGGGACGAAGUGAAACCGGAAUGAAAAUUGAAAUUGUCAACAUGUUUACAUGAGACCGGUACGAGGAUCACAAAAUCUUCAAUUUAUUCCCCUUGCCAGGCAAUUUUCUUUUUCAGGUGGCUUUUACUAGCAUGUGUUGUUCCAAUGUCAAGAUUACAGCCGAGACAGGUCUGAAAUGUAUUUGUGUUUACAUUCAUCCCGGUCUGAAUUCAUGCCGGUCUGAAGUCCAGAAAGCGGAAUGACUUGAGACCGGUCUGAGUUAUUUUCGUCCCGGUCUCAUGUAAACGUUUAUUAUAGAUAAUACUAUGACCGAAACGAGAUGGUCCCGGUUUGACUUCGUUCCGGUCUCAUGUAAACGGGGCCUAACCAUAGAUAUCUUAUAUACACUAGAUAGCGCAUCUCAUUUAGUAAAAUUGAAGCCAAGAAUAUUCCAGCGGUUACCCCCAUUUGAAUAGAUGGCGGCCAUGUUGGUCGUUCCCACUUGCUAAUAAACGCUUAAAAACAACAAUAGCUUUCAUUAUUUGAAUAGUUUAAAAACGUAUUUGGAAUAGGGUUAACUUAAUGUUUAAGUUCCCUGUUUAGGAAAUAGAAAACAUACGAAUCUUCUCAUUUCAUGGGAACGACCUGAGACUGCAAUCACGGCUUCAAUUUUUGAAUUGCAGAAUAAUUAGAUGCACUAUCUAGUGUAUAUAAGAUAUCUAUGGGCCUAACACAGAUAAUGUGUUGUAUUGUUAUUCUAAUGAAUUUCACAAUCUUCCCUUCGAUAGGCUAUGGUUUUACUUAUAGCCACAAUAGAACUGUCAUUAAAGAUUUUUUUGUCCUAGCAUCUUUUGUCUUCUCCCCCACCCCCCACAUCCCCCAAUCCGAGUCCCUUUUCUCUAAAAUAUCAGCAAAACAUGGGAAGAGAAAUGCAUGAAGUUCAGAGGCGAGUUUUGAUAUUCUAGUAACUGAAAUUUGCUUUGUUUACGUUCUCAACUGCAACGCUAAACUAAGCAUUAUCACGUCUUUCAAGCAACGUGAAAGCUUAUUGCGACCCAAGUGAAAUGUCAUUUAAAGUCGUACUUUGUUUUAGCUUUAUGUUGUUGUAUUUUACACAGUUAGCAACCUUUUUAAAUAUAUUUUAUCUUCUGUGUGUAAAGCAAAAAUAAAGAAAGCUAUACACUUCAGGGAAUAUAUUUUCUCAUUUAAAGCGAGUCAACCUUACAGAAUCUAAUUGCUUUUAAGCAACUUUUUGCAAUUUCAAAUGACGAUUGAAGAGUUGAAUAUUUUGAAAUUCAUAUUCGCCGAAUUCACGUACAGCUACCAUAGAUAUCUUAUAUACACUAGAUAGUGCAUCUAAUUAUUCUGCAAUUCAAAAAUUGAAGCCGUGAUUGCAGAUCGACUCAGGAUAUUCCCAUGAAUUGAGAAGACUCGUAUGUUUUCUAUUUCUUAAACAGGGAACUUAAACAUUAAGUAAUUAAACCUAUUCCAAAUACAUUUUCAAACUAUUCAAAUUGAAAUGAUGAAAGUUAUUGUUGCCUUUUAACAAAAUGGCCGCCAUCUAUUGAAAUGGGGGUAACCGCUGGAAUAUUCUAGGCUUCAAUUUUUCUAAAAGAGAUGCGCUAUCUAGUUUAUAUAAGAUAUCUAUGACAGCUACAUGUUAUAGUUCAACACUGCAAUCUAUCUCGACGCAGAACGCGUUAUUUGGAUGCGCAGUGGACACUCUGAAUACCAUUAUUGGAUCAACCUCGUACCCAGGACUUCUGCGCAAAGGCUCUUGGUACAAGGUUGUAAAUUUGCUAUCAACGUUAUUGAACAAGCGCCCUACAGGGAAUCUAAAAAAUCUCAUUUGCCAACAAAGAUGCGUUCGCACUGCUUGUUCCCAGUUGUUGACAAGUCUGGAACAAGUUGUUAUCAUCUUGUAACAAGGUUGAUGAGGCCAACAGACUCGCAACAAGUUGUUCCAACAAGUCUGAUAUCGUCUGCACAUAUGAGUUGUUGACAAGUUGAUGACAACACUGAAGUUCGUAGCAACUUGUCACGAACAGCCUGUAUAUAUGAUAGGCUUGUAGUUUGUUGGAACAACUCGUAGCAAGCCUGUUGCCGUCAUCAACCUUGUAACAAGGUGAUAACAACUUGUUCCAGACUUGUCAGGUGGUGACUCGCUUCAUUCCAUCUUCAUCUCCCAUGGUCUACUGGAUAGCCGUAUCCUGGGUAACAACGUCAAGACGUAGUCUGCGAUAGCAGACUGAUCUCAGCCAACCCCUCCUAGAGCGGUGGAGAAACAGUCUGCGUCUGCGAUCAAUCCAGACUAAUGCCCUACAGUUACGUAAGCAGUAUUUUGCAUAAAUAUUCCUCCCCCCGUUGAGCGGGGGAAACUGUAUGGCAUUACCAGAGUAUAAUAAUUAAAAUUACAUCAAUUUAAGUACGACGACCCAAUGCUGAAUUCCACUAGUUAUCUUUAUAAAGAUCUUUAUAAAGAUGCCUAUAGUCACUAAUUAGUGGACUUUACUUAGUCCUUCUUUAUUUAUUUAUUUAUUUAUUUACUCAAUUUAAUUAUACAUUUUUGAGAUUACAAAAAUAGUAUAAUAAGGACAGAUUAUACAGAACUAAUGGUUCCUCACAAGAUAAACUCGAUUAGGUUAAAAUGCGGAUGCGGAACGGAACGGAUGCGGAAAGGAACGGAUGCAGAACGGAACGGAUGGGGUUAAAAUGGGGAACGGAACGGAUAUGGGAUUAAAAUGCGGAACGGAACGGAUAUGGGAUUAAGAUGCGGAACGGAACGGAUUUGGGAUAAAAUGCGUCAUUUUAAACCUUACCAAAAAUUUUAACCACAAAUUGAGUUUUUUUCGCCUCUUUUUUAACGUUUGUAUGUUUUCGAUUAUAUGUUUUUUUGCAAUGGAAUGCAACGUCGUAGUGCUUAUUAUUCCUAACAUAUCUUAUACAAUUAUUUCAAUUAAAGUUGUGACUGAGACAACAGUCAAAUGAGCAAUAUGAGCGCCAAAAGGUUGAUGGGAAUAAUCAUAUUAAAAAUAACAAUUUAAAUUUGGAGUUGUUGCGUGUAGCAUCACAAUAAAUAAAAAAAAUUGUAUCAGUUCCACGAGGCACAACGUUUCUGAUGUGUUAAGCCUGUUUCAAAUGUGCCGAACGCAUUAAAAACAAUAGAUAACUCGAAAUUUAAAUUGUUUCACUAACCACCAAAUUUUGCAUAUUUUAAAACUUAAUUUGCAUUGCGAGCUGUCGCUAGAAGUAUCCCCACGAGGCUACUGACAUGCUAAACUUAUUUAAUAUGAUUAUUCCCAUCAACCUUUUAGCGCCCAUAUUGCUCAUUUGACUAUUGUCCCAGUCACAACUUUGAUUGAAAUUAUUGUAUAAGAUAUGUUAUGAAUAAUAAGCACUACGACGUUGCAUUCCAUUGCAAAAAACAUAUAAUCGAAAACAUACAAACGUUAAAAAAGAGAAGAAAAAACUCAAUUUGUGGUUAAAAUUUUUGGUAAAGUUUAAAAUGACGCAUUUUAACCCCAUAUCCGUUCCGUUCCGCAUUUUAACCCCAUAUCCACUCCGUUCCGCAUUUUAACCUCAUAUAAGAUAAACUGCGUACUUGAAUACCUUGUUGCUAUCUUCAUUUGCAAAGCAAUAAAUUUCUGCAAUAUCAUCAACGAGCAAAUAGUUGCAUUAACAUAAUUGCGUGAAUUAAAUUUUAAGGAAGGAAUUUCAUAGCUCACGGAAUUUGCCGACGAGGUCAAGUGACACAUUUCAUUUUCACUUUGAACGUUUGUUACAAAUCAAUUCAUGUGGUCCGAUGUUUACUUUCGCAUUUUACAUGCAAAGACGCGUUGUGUUGCUACACAGUGGUUGCUACAAACCUCUGUUUUACAGCUCUGUAUUUAAACCUUCAAUCAGCUUUAUAUAUCACUUCAUGAUCAUGACUUCACGAUAUCACGACGAUUGGCAAUCAAGUAAGAAAACAGUCUUACAAAGAAACGCGUAUAUGUUUGAUAACGAAUUGAUGAGCGAUGUAUCUUUCACUUGUGGGGAAUCAAGUCGCAUAUUUCAUGCACACAAAUACGUGCUUGCUACGAGCAGUGCUGUGUUCUUUGCCAUGUUUUACGGCCGGGAAUUUAGCCGAGAAAGAAUCUCCCAUUUGUAUGCCAGACGCGGAAGAAGAAAGCUUCGAAGAGUUUCUGCGAUUUCUCUACACUGACGCUUGUAAAAUAACCGCCGAGAACGCGAUAGUUGUUAUGUAUUUGGCUAAAAAGUAUCUCGUUUCGUCCUUGGCGGAGAAGUGUUGCGAGAUUCUAGAGGCAAGCAUCAAGCCUGAUAAUGCCUUCGCGGUGUUGAAGCAAGCCGUGCAAUUUGAUGAAAAAGAGUUAGAAGAAAAGUGCUGGAAUAUUGUUUCGGAGAAACCUCUGGAAUGCAUCAACUCGGAAGCGUUCUGUAGUAUCGGAUCAUGCACGCUCAAUGUUUUUUUAAAGAAACAGACAAUCUCAUUAACAGAAAUGGAAUUGUUCAAAGUAAUAUUGAAAUGGACCGAUAAGGAAUGUGAAAGACAGGGUUUAAAUAUCGAACACGACAAAACGGCAAGAAGGCGCAUCCUAGGAGAUAGUGUUUAUGAAAUUCCUUUCCUUGCAAUGUCACAAGAAAACUUUGUAAAAUAUGUCUCCCCCACUGGAAUACUUACAGACACAGAAAUUGUGUCCAUUUCUCAAAAGCUCUGCGGAUUAGAUGUGGCAGGCUUGAAAUGGAAGGAACAUAAAAGGAGGCAACCAUGUAUACUCAGUUUCAGCAGAUUUGACUCUGGCAAUGUUAAGAGGAACGAGCUGAACGCCUGGCUUUACAAUGGGAAUUCAGAUGCUCUUACUCUAGUUGUCAACAAAGCUGUUCUCUUUCACGGUGUUCGCUUGUUUGGUUCCGAUGGCGGCCGAUACGAAGUCAAAUUUACGAUUAAGGACAAGAAUGUAACAAGGUCCUACAUUUCAGAACAAGAGAGUGACCGCGUGCUGGGUUAUGACGUCAUGUUACCCAACCCAAUCCCUCUACUGCCAAAUGAAGAGAUCACAAUAAUUGCGACAAUAACAGGACCAAAGUCUUACAAAGGUACCAGUGGAAAAUCAUCAGUGACAAUCGAUGACAUUGUUGUAAUUUUUAAACAUUCUGGGUUAAGUGUCAAUGGUACAAAUAAAACUGAUGGUCAGUUCUACAAGAUUUUUCUUUCCGAGCUGUAGUUUUGAGAAUAUUUUGUGACUUGAUAAAAAUUAAUUUGAAUGCAUUCGCAUGGCUAGUAUUAUAUACUGUAUGAGUCAUACAGUGUAUAAUACUAUAGCUAUUUAUGAUUCUAUAAUAUCGAAAUUUUUGGACACCUCCUUCGAUAGAACUAAUAGUAUAGAUGGCUUUUUUGGAGAUGAAAUUUUUGAACGCAAAUUUAUAUCCAUUCUUAGACGUAACCAGCAACUGCUCCUGUUCAGAUCUAUACAUAUGUCUAUAAAAAUUUCUUUCGAAAAUUCCAUCUCCAAAAAACCCCGUGUGCUGUACGAGAUAAUGCCUUAUAUAUUGAAAAAACUGACCGUCAUUUGUCAUAUUUACAUUAAUAAUAUAAUUUUCUGUGUAGUAUUAAUAUGAAUCCUGGGUUGAUGUGCAAAUCAGCCAAUUUAUAAAGGCGCCUAUAAUACCAUGGCCUUUUUUAAGAUAUAAGCUGGGGAGUGGGGCAUUUUCAUCAGCCCGCCUUUAUGCUCCCGUCCCCCCACGAGUCAAUAUUUCCCCUACCUCUAGUCAGGAGUCCCUUUUCUCUAAAAUAUAAGCAAAACAUUGCACAAAAAAUUUAAUAAGUGAGGUUUGAUAUUCUAGUACUUGAACCUUGCUUCGUGAAUCUUAUGUCAUGUCUUUUAUGUUCAAAUGAUUCAAUACCUUUUUAAAAAUGCUUAACAUUGUGUUGUAAAUACCUGAGAUUUAAAAAAUUCCUUAGGCCAUGGCCUUUUUUAGAAUUUGUCUGAGGGGGAGGGGGCACCUAUAGAAAGGGACCAUACAAUGCUGAGUAUGGAUAGAUGACAGAUGAUUGUUGGUGACAAAAAGUCGUAUAUGGAGUAGUAUAGGCCUAUAGGGGGUUUGGGGGUAUUCCACCCCUAGGAUUGCAUUUCGUGCGUUUUCUGUCAGAGACUUUUGGAUAUACAACAUUGCAUUAUACUGUAGAUAGACUGAAUCUCCAGUUAAGUACUUGCAUGGUAUGUUUAUGUACUGAAAUACCACAACUCAGUCACUAACUUGUUUAGCCUAGCCUUCCAACAGCUCAAAUGUAUAGGGUCUGGAAUAUGCUAUCCACUAAGUAGACAUGGUCUGCUAUUAUUUGUUAUCAUGAUGGCUUUGACAAGGUGAACCAACCAAAAGUGCCAAAAUUACUGAAUGAUGCAAUCUUUAAAAAUUUUAGCAAAAUUUUUCUAAAAAAAAUUUCUUACUAGUACGAAUUCUUUAGUUUGAUGACUUUCAUUUUUAAUGUUCAAAUUGCUAUUUAUUUCUAUAUACAUGUAAAAUCUUCUCCAUCAUAUUUUCCCAAGAAUUAUACAAUAUUCUGCGUGCUACAUUUAAAAAUAUUUAGAAGCUAUUUAGACAACUGCAAAACUAUGGAUAAAGUGCUUGUGGGCUAACCUUUUCCCAAUUCUACACUCUCGCAAACAAGAACGAUAGCAGUAAUUAAGCAUGUUCGAAAGCCAAUAGUAAUAGUAUAAUAGGCAAUGCCAUCUUUUAGGUUAUAUAUGCAGGGGGGGGGGAAGUAAGGUACGUAUCAAAUUACUGAUUAUGCUGAAAAAAUAAAAACUGUUGCCGUAUAAACACGGAGUGAUAGCUUGGACUUGUAAAUAUUGAAAUAUUUCGGUUGUUUCGGCAGUUUUUAUUGAUAAUUUUCAGCAUGAUCAGCAAUAUGAUACCUUACUUCAAGUCCCCCCCCCCCCCCCCCCCCCCCCCCCUGCGCGCAUAAAUUAAAUGCUGGAAUUGCCAAUUGAGAAAUCUGGACUGCGCAUCAAAAUGGCGCGUUCUGCGUUGGGGGUAAAUUGUGGUUGAAUCGUAACAUGGAAGCGUUAAAUAUAUGCAUUCGAAACUAUUGAAAUGUUCAAUAAUUUUUGUGUUUUACUUAUAGCCACAAUAAAACUGUCAUUAAAUAAUUUUUGUCCUAGCAUAUUUUGUCUUCUGUCUUCUCGAUCCCCUCCCCAGUCCCGAGUCAAAGUCCCUGUUCUCUGAAGAAAGAAACAUCGGAAGAAAAAUGAAAUUUAGAGGCGAGGUUUCAUAUUCUAGUAACUGUAUUAAAUUUGCUUUGUUUACGUUCUCAACACAACGUUAACUAAGCAUUAUCACGUCUUUCAAGCAACGUGAAACCUUAUUGCGACCCAAAAAGUGUUACUAGUUAAAGUCGUACUUUGUUUUAGCUUUAUUUUGUUGUAGUUUACACUGUUACCAACUUUUUAAAAUGUAUUUUGUCUUAAUUAUGUGUAAAGCAAAAAUAAAGAAAGCUAUACACUUCGCCUUCGGGGAUAAUAUUUUCUAAUUUAAAGCGAGUCAACCUUACGGAAUGUAGUGCUUUUAAACACUUUUUUUCAAAUUCAAAUGACGAUUGAAGAGUUGAAUAUUUUGAUAUUCAUAUUUGAAUUCAUGUCCAGCUACAUGUUAUAGUUCAACACAGCAAUCUAUCUCGACGCAGAACGCGUCAUUUGGAUGCGCAGUGGACACUCUGAAUACCAUUAUUGGAUCAACCUCGUACACAGGGUUUCCGAGCAAAGGCUCUGGGUACGAGGUUGUAUAUUGGAUAUCAACGUUAUUAAAUUAAACAAGCGCUCUACAGGGUGUCUAAAAAAUCUCAUUUGCCAACAAAGAUGCGUUCGCACUGCUUGUUCCCAGUUGUUGACAAGUCUGCAACAAGUUGCUACCAUCUUAUAACAAGGUUGAUCAUGAUGAGGCCAACAGACUCGCUGAACAAGUUGUUCCAACAAGUCUGAUAUCGUCUGCACGAUAUCGUUAACAAGCUGAUGGCAACACUGAAGUUCGUAGGCUUGUCAUGAACAGCCUGUAUAUAUUGUAAGCUUGAAGCUUGUUGGAACAACUCGUACCAAGCCUGUUGCCGUCAUCAACCUUGUAACAAGGUGAUAACAACUUAUUCCAGACUUGUCAGGUGGUGACUCGCUUCAUUAUUUCUUCAUCUCCUAUGGUCUACUGGAUAGCUGUAUCCUGAGUAACUGCGCCAAGACCUAGUCUGCAUGCGAUAGCAGACUGAUCUCAGCCAACCCCUUUAUUGAGUCCUUGUACUUGAAAAUAUUGUUGGUCUCUUCAUUUGCAAAGUUAUAAAUUCGUAAAAUAUUAUCAGCGAGCAAAAAGCUGCUGCAUUAACACAACUGCAUGAUGUUUUUGAUGUUGCUCUGAGUGUAUACCCACACUGGGCAGACUGAAAGUUAGCCUGACCACGGUGGGAAUCGAAAAAGCGACCUUUGGGCGGAGAUACUAGUCCAAUGCUCUGCCAACUGAGCCCAAGGCCAAGUCUGUUCGAGUAAGUGUAACAUCAAAAACAUUAUAUUCACCUGAGUACAUAACACCAAAAAACAUCUGCAUGAAGUAAAUUUUAAAGAAGGAAUUUCAUAGCUCAAGGAAUUUGCCGACCCUUAAACGAGGUCAAGUGACCCCGUUUAUUUUCACUUUGAACGUUUGUUAUAAAUCUAAAUCAACUCAUGUGUUCCAAUUUUUACUUCCGCAUUUUACAUACAAAGACGCGUCGUGUUGCUUCAAACCUCUGUUUUACAGCUCUGUAUUUAAACCUUCAAUCAGCUUCAUAUAUCACUCCAUGAUCAUGGCUUCACGAUAUCACGACGAUUGGCAAUCAAGUAAGAAAACAGUCUUACAAAGAAACGCGUAUAUGUUUGAUAACGAAUUGAUGAGCGAUGUAUCUUUCACUUGUGGGAAAUCAAGUCGCAUAUUUCAUGCACACAAAUACGUGCUUGCUACGAGUAGUGCUGUGUUUUUUUCCAUGUUUUACGGGAAUUUAGCCGAGAAAGAGUCUCCCAUUUGUAUCCCGGACGCGGAAGAAGAAAGCUUCGAAGAGUUUCUGCGAUUUCUGUACACUGACGCUUGUAAAAUAACCGCCGAGAACGCGAUAAGUGUUAUGUAUUUGGCUAAGAAGUAUCUCGUUUCGUCUUUGGCGGAGAAGUGUUGCGAGAUUCUAGAGGCAAGCAUCAAGCCUGAUAAUGCCUUCGCGGUGUUGCAGCAAGCCGUGCAAUUUGAUGAAAAAGAGUUAGAAGCAAAGUGCUGGAAUAUUGUUUUGGAGAAACCUCAGGAAUGCGUCAACUCGGAAGCGUUCUGUAGUAUCGGAUCAUCUACGCUCAAUGCUUUUUUAAAGAAACAGACAAUCUCAUUAACAGAAAUGGAAUUGUUCAAAGUAAUAUUGAAAUGGACCGAUAAGGAAUGUGAAAGACAGGGUUUAAAUAUCGAACACGACAAAACAGCAAGAAGGCGCAUCCUAGGAGAUAGUGUUUAUGAAAUUCCUUUCCUUGCAAUGUCUCUGGAAAACCUUGUAAAAUAUGUCUCCCCCACUGGAAUACUCACAGCCACAGAAAUUUUGUCCAUUUCGCAAAAGCUUUGCGGAUUAGACGUGGUAGGCUUGAAAUGGAAGGAAUAUAAAAAGAGACAACCAUGCAUACUCAGUUUCAGCAGAUUUGACCCUAGUAAUAACAUAACGGGUUGGGGUUACAGUGGACGUUCAGAUGCUCUUGCCCUGGUUGUCAAUAAAGCUGUUCUCUUUCACGGUGCUCGCUUGUUUGGUUCCAGUGGUGGCCGAUACGAAGUCAAAUUUACGAUUAAGGAUAAGAAUGUAACAGGGUCCUACACUUCAGAACAAGACAGUGACGGCGUGCCGGGUUAUGACGUCAUGUUACCCAACCCAAUCCGUCUACUGCCAAAUGAAGAGAUCACAAUAAUUGCGACAAUAGCAGGACCACAAUCUUACUACGGUAAGAGUGGAAAAUUAUCAGUGACAAUUGAUGACAUUAUUGUAACUUUUAAAGACGCGCCUCUUGGGUUAAGUAAAAAUAAUACGGACAAACCUCAUGGUCAGUUCUACAAGAUUUUUCUUUCCGCGCUGUAGUUUUGAGAAUAUUUUGUGACUUGAUAUAAAUUAAUUUAAAUGCUUGGUUGGUAUUAUAUGGUGUACGAGUCAUACAAUAUAUAUAAUACUAUAGCCAAUAUGAUGGAAUAAUAUCGAAAUUUUUGGACAUCUCGUUCGAUAGACUAAUGGUAUAUAGAUGGCCUUUUUGGAGAUGAAAUUUUUGAACGCAAAUUUAUAUCCAUUUUUAGACGUAACCAGAAAUUUGCAAGCCUGGAAAUAAUUUUUGAGGACCUGCCUGUCAAAAUGACCAGCACCAAUGAAUUUGUGCCUGUCAUGAAACAAAAUGUACUGGUCAUUGUACCGGUCUGCCAAAAACAUAGGAUACAGAAUAUGCAAUUGUUAAAAUCAUUUUAUACAUGUAUAUGUACACAAAACAAUGUCAAUUAUGUCUAUAAUGAAUAAUGUUAUAACGCUGUUUCAAAGACAAAGUACUGAACUACAAGUCUUCGGGCAAAAAACCUACAAAAUCACUAGCUUCACUGUCAGUGUCACUGAAAAGUAAAGCAGCUGUACGGCCAGAACCAGAUGAAUCUGUACCAUCAUUAGAAACUUCCAUGUCUUCCACAUUGUCAGAUUCUGAAGCUGGUGGUGCUGGUGUGGUAUCAAUCACAUCAUUGAUGUCAUCAACAGAAUCAUCAGAAUUGGCAUCUUUUUCAGACACGUGAUAAUAUUUAACUUUCUUUUUUCUAGCUCUAUAUUUCUUUCUUCUCUUCUGAUUUGGCCGUCUAACUUUCUGACUUUGCCACAUCUGAACAACAGGGCUAGCAUCAAACGAACCAAGGGGAGGACCUUCCUCCUCAAUUCUAAGAACAUUUGUUAGCCUCUCUUCGCCUAAAGAACAUCUUGCAUCACUCUUUGUUCUCUUGAGUUUGGAAAACAGGCGUUCUAGUUUUGCAUUGCAAAUUGGCACAGAAAACAACAGUUGGACCAAAAGCAAAAUGUUCUUCCACUUGGAGGAAUACGAGCAGUUAAACAAAAGUCUCCAUGUCUUCUUGUAGUUGGCCUUCUCUGACUGAAGAAAGUUUACUGUAUGACUUAGCAUAUCGUGCCACUCUUCAAGAAUAGCUUGAUUAUAGUUGCUUUGACAGAGGCCUUGCUUUAAUAAAAUAGGACGGAACUUCUCCAAAAUACCAGUAAUCAUGUUAUCUGCAAACUCGACUCCGUCCACUUCUGCUAGUAAUUUCCAGUGCUCCGUGUUCAAGAUCUUCGCUACAGACUCUAAUUCAAUGCUACUGGCACCUUCCAAUCUGGCAUCUACAGUAGAAUGAAUGGAUUCUAUGACAGUGUUUUUUGAAGCUUUAACAUCAGCCGCAGCUUUGUUGAAACUGUGGACUGGAAAUUCGAUUCCUUGAUAAGUACAUGUGGUGUCUGUGACUACCAGUUUAUUUAAAACAUGUUUGACAGAUGGAAGGUCUUCAAAUGAUUUCGACAUCAACUGGUCAAGGGAUUGCUUGGAUCGCUUAAGGUUAUGUAUUGCUCCAACACUGUCAAUUGGAUCAUCUUGGAAUGCUUUAGACAAAAUUGCAGCAGGAUUGAGAACAUCAAUAAACAGUGCAACAUAUAAAAGCAUGCGACUAGAUUUCCAUUUACGUAAAUAACCUUUGAGUUUUUGACGAUCUGUGACUUCUUUAUCACUGCUUAAAUGUUCUAAAUGUUGCAUGUAAACACCAUAUUUGUCAAGAACAAUUCGAAGUGCUGAUAACUUGAAUGCGAUCCAUCGUGUUCCAGAAGCACGUUUUGGUUUCACAGAGCCCUCUUCAAAUUCAUAGUUGAGUAAAUCAUGAAGUUCUUUCAGUUCGUGCAUUUUUUUGGGAGAUUUAUGAUACAGGGAAUAUAACUUCGUCAGCAUAUCACCAACAUCGUCAAAUACUGUGCCAUUUAGUGCGUCUUUGACGGCAAGCUCCAGUUUGUGUGCAACACACCAUGUGUAUACUAGCCAAGGAGCAUUUUUCUCCAGAAGUGCUUUCACUCCAUUUUUGUUUCCACUGUUCACGGAUGCACCAUCAGCUCCAAAACCCACUAAUUUAGAAUACAAUUCAUUUGGCAAGAUCCCCAGUGACUCAAAACUUUGUUCAAUUGCACUCGUAAUACCUUCUGCGUCUGCCUUCUUUACAUCUUUUAGACACAAAAACGAAAGUUUGACUUCUACUUCCUCUGGAUUUGACUUAGAGUGGGGAUCAAAAUACAGCACAUAAACGACUUCUUUCUCAGUUACUGAGUUGUCUGUACUACCGUCUGUUAAGACACUAUAAAAUUUUGCUUUUGUCAAAUCUUCAUUCAGCUGAUGAGCAAUAAAUUGGGCAUUCACAUCAAUAAAUUCACCACAUUGUUUUCGGUUAUUGUAAACAUCACCUAAGUCAACACCAUGACGUUUCUCCAGUGUAAUUAAAUCUUCAAAGACGGUAAAUGGCAACUCGUUUUUGGCAACAAAAUACGCGAUGUCAAACUUCUUAAUUGUUUGCUCUAGCUGGGUUUCAUUUAACUUUGAGAAACCAUCUUCUAGAGUGCGUUGACUGGGAUGAGGCCUAAGCGGAUUUUCCAUAUUGCUAGACAAUUCACCUUUGGAUGUUAAAUUCUUAAUAUAGAGAUCGUAUGCAUGCCGAUGACACUUUGUUGCAGCGUGAUCUUGUGCGUUAGAUAAACGAAGGUUACAUGACCCUUGUAUCCACGCAUUAGAAAAAUCUCGAUUGUGCUUUAUUCUUUCUUCAAACGUUGUGCACACCAUGCAUUUCAUCAAUUUGACUUGGCCGUGCCCAUUUUCUUCAUGAUUUAGCCACACAAAAGCGUUGGAUGGUGCCAAAUCUUCGCUAAUCCACUUUUUUAAUGUGCUUGAUUUUAACGUUCUGUCAGUUUUUUUUCGCUGUGAAAGAUUAGCUAAAUCUGAACUUCUUUCACUAGUAGUUGCUGCAGAUGCUUCACUAGUUGUUGCUGCAGAUGUUUCACUAGUUAUUGGUGUGGAUGUUCCCCUGGAAUUACCUUCACUAUCAUUACUUUUGUUGGAAAAAAAGUCCGUUAUUUUCUUCGACAUUUUAAUUUUUUCGCGGUUCAACAAAAAAUUCCCGCCAAAAUCGCGAAUGACGUUUCCACUUGGAAAACAGUUUGAUCAUCAUUCAUCACCAGGAUUUUUUCAUAGUGGAAACACUGCACAAACAUGGCGUCGCGUUUAAAGCAUCGUGCAUUUUCAAUAAACGGGAUAAUUUUAAACUUUAUAGCACAAAUAAUAGAGAAUUUGUCGACAGCAAGAUUUUUUAUUUUAUUUUCGAUAUUUGGGUUGAAUAUAAAGAAUUUGUUGACAGGAAGGUUAUAGUUUAAACACUGAAAUGAGCGCCGGACAAAGUGACAGACACAAUCAAAUUUGUGCCUGUCAAAACACUACAAAUCGCGUAUUUGUGCCGGUCAAUGACCGUGACCGGACGCUUAUUUCCAGGCUUGGAAAUUUGUCCUAGUCAGAUCUAAACAUGUCUAUAAAAAUUUGAUUUCAAAACUUCCAUCUACAAAAAAAACACAUCUACUGUAUGAGAUAAUGCCUUAUAUAUUCAAAAAUGACUAUCAUUAAUAUUUACGUCAAUAAAAUAAUUUUCUUUGUAGUAUUAAUAUGAAUACUGGGUUGAUGUGCAAGUUAGCCAAUUUAUAAAGGCGCCUAUAGCAACGCCUUUUUUGACAUUUAAGUUGGGGAGGGGGCAUUUCCCCCAGGCCCCCUUCCCCACAUAAGUCAAUAUUUCCCACACCCCCAGUCAAAGUUUCUUUUUUCUAAAACAUUGGAAGAAAAUGAAAUUUGAUGGCGAGGUUUGAUAUUCUAGUAACUGAAAUUUGCUUUGUGAAUCUUAUGUCAUAUAUUUUAUCUUCAAAUGAUUCAUUAUCUAUUUAAACAUGCUAAACAUCGUGUUGUACGUAUUUAGUACUAUUUACCUUAGAUUUUGAAAAACCCCAGUCGAUAGUAUAUCCCAGACUAGGCUCUUGGAAGGCUAGGCUAAACAAGUUAGUGACUGAGUUGUGGUAUUUACACUAUACCAUGCAAGUACUUAACUGAAGAUUCAGUCUAUCUACAGUAUAAUCCUGAACGCUGUAUAUAAAAAGUCUGUUUCAGAAAACGCAUGAAAUGCAGUACUAUAGGGGAGAGAAACCCAGACUCCCCUACUAUUUCAUACGACUUUUUUCACCAACAACCAUCUGUCAUCUCUCCAUACUCAGUAUACAGUAUGGUGCCUUCCUGUAGAUUGCCCCCCCCCCCCGAAAAAUUCUAGAAAAAGGCCCUGGCCUGUAGUUCUUAUAGUGGACAUGAUCUGCUACUGUUUGUUAUCACGAUGGCUUCGAUAAGGCAACUUGGUUAAUUACUAUGUUAGCCUGAAAACUUUAUAUUAGCAUCUCUAUUGCACAAGAUACCAUUCAAACACGACUUUUUACAAAAAAAAUACGGAAUGAUUAGUGCAAUCUCUAAAAAUUUACUAAACUUUUCCAAAAUUGACCAAGUUCUACCAAAUGUUUAUAAUAGAAUACUAGUGUCGUUAUAAAACGUUGAAAAUAGAGUAUACGAUUUUUUUAGUCUAGUACUGACUUUCAUUUUUAAUGUUCAAAUUGCUAUUUAUUUCUAUAUACAUGUAAAAUCUUCUUCAUGCAGAAUACAUCAUAUUUUCCCAAGAAUUAUACAAUAUUCUGCGUGCUACAUUUAAAAAUAUUUAGGCAACCGCAAGACUAGAUAAAAUGCUUGUGGGCUACCCCUUUUCCAAUUCUACGCUUUCGCAAAUAAGAACGACAGUAAUUAAGCAUGCGAGUUUUCGCAAGCUAAUAGUAAUAUAUGGGCAAUUCAAGCUUUUAGUUUAUGCGUGCAGGGGAUGAGAAGUAAGGUAUCAUAUUGCUGAUUAUGCUGAAAAAAUAAAAAUGGUGGCCAUGUAAACACGGAGUGAUAGCUUAUUCUUGUAAAUAUUGAAAUAUUUCAGUUGUUUCGGCAGUUUUUAUUGAACAUUUUCAGCAUAAUCAGCAAUAUGAUACCUUACUUCCCGUCACCCCCUGCGCGCAUAAAUUAAAAGCUGGAAUUGCCAAUUGAGAAAUCUAGACUGCUGCGCAUCAAAAUGAGGCGGUCUGCGUUGGGGUAAAUUGUGGUUGAAUCGUAACAUGGAAGCAUUAAAUAUAUGCAUGUCAAAGUAUUGAACUGUUCAAUCACUAUUUGUGUUUUACCAUAUAGCCUAUGAAGAUCUGAUGGCUGUGAAACUCAUUAGAAUAACAAUAAACUCGUUAUCUAUGUUACUGUUAGUCAACGUUUAUUCAUAAAUCUGGUAGCUCACUGUCAUGUGUGUCGUGUAUUUUUGCCAAAUCCACCAAUAGCAAUUUCCAAUUUCCCUAUUGUUCGAGUCACGGAUAGGUAACUUUCCUAAAACAUUGCUAUUGGUUAGUUGAGCGAAAAUACAAUACACACGUGACGGUGAAAGACCAGAUUUAUGAAUAAACGUUGACUAACACAGAUAAUGAGUUCUAUUGUUAUUCUAAUGAGUUUCACAGCCAUCUAUCUUUCACAGCCUUCGAUAGGCUAUGGUUUUACUUAUAGCUACAAUAGAACUAGGACAAAAAUUAAAUAUGCUAGGACAAAAAUUUAGAGGCGAGGUUUGAUAUUCUAGUAACCGAAAUUUGCUUUGUUUACGUUCACAACACAACUUUGAACCAAGCAUUAUCAUGUCUUUCGAACAACAGGAAAGCUUAAAUAAAUUAUUACAAAGCCCAGUGGAAUUGUAAUCAAGACCCAACGUUUCGUUUGAUUACAAUUCGACUGGGCUUUGUAAUCAUUUAUUUAAACCAGAGUAGCGAGCGAAACAUGAUUAAUAUACCUGGUUGCAGUGAACGAACAAACUUUAUAACAUGAAAGCUUAUUGCGACCCAAGAAGUGUUAUUUAAAGUCGUACUUUGUUUUAGAUUUAUUUUGUUGUAGUUUACACAGUUGGCAACCUUUUUAAAUGUAUUUUGUCUUCUGUGCAAAGCAAAAAUAAAGAAAGCUAUACACUUCAGGGAAUAUAUUUUCUAAUUUAAAGCGAGUCAACAAAUAUAUUUUCUUAUUUAAAGCGAGUCAACCUUACGGAAUCUAAUUGCUUUUAAGCAACUUUUUGCAAAUUCAAAUGACGAUUGAAGAGUUGAAUAUUUUGAUAUUCAUAUUCGAAUUCAUGUACAGCUACAUGUUAUAGUUCAACAUUGCAAUCUAUCUCGACGCAGAACGCGUCAUUUGGAUGCGCAGUGGACACUCUGAAUACCAUUAUUGGAUCAAUAUCGUACCCAGGGCUUCUGCGCAAAGGCUCUGGGUACGAGGUUGUACAUUGGAUAUCAACGUUAUUAAACAACGGCUCUACAGGGUGUCUAAAAAAUCUCAUUUGCCAACAAAGAUGCGUUCGCACUGCUUGUUCCCAGUUGUUGACAAGUCUGGAACAAGUUGUUAUCAUCUUGUAACAAGGUUGAUGAGGCCAACAGACUCGCAACAAGUUGUUCCAACAAGUCUGAUAUCGUCUGCACGUAUGAGUUGUUAACAAGUUGAUGACAACACUGAAGUUCGAAGCAACUUGUCACGAACAGCCUAUAUAUAUUAUAGGCUUGUAGCUUGUUGGAACAACUGGUAGCAAGCCUGUUGUCGUCAUCAACUUUGUAACAAGGUGAUAACAACUUGUUCCAGACUUGUCAGGUAGUGAUUCGCUUCAUUCUAUCUUCAUCUGCUAUGGGCUAUGGUCUACUGGAUAGCCGUAUCCUGGGUAACACCGCCAAGAUGUAGUCUGCGAUAGCAGACUGAUCUCAGCCAACCCCUCCUGGAGCGGCGGAAAAACAGACUGCGAUCAAUCCACACUAAUGCCGUACAGUUACGUAAGCAGUAUUUGCAUAAAUAUUCCGCCCCCCCGUUGUGCGGGGGCAACUGUAUGGCAUUACCAGAGCAUAAUUAAAAUUCAAAAACUCAUUAAUAAUUCAGGAGGAAAACACAAAGAAAAAUCAUAAGCGUGUCGUGGUUUUAUACAGGGUGUCUCAAAAAAACCGCUACCCUUGGAAAUUCACCAUUGUUCUAAUUUGAAUGCCUGAGUGCUAUCUUGAACUCAUGGGUGCAUGAACAAUUUGAAUGGAAUUUUAUGCUUGAGAAGUUAUUGAAAAGUUUCUGCUUUUGUUCAGCAUAUGACUGAUUGAUUUAAACGCAACAAAAAUACGUAAGUUAAACAAAACGUUGUUUAUUUUUACAAUUAUUAAGCACCUCGUCCUUCGACGUGGCCCCCAUUUCUCACAACACAAAGUAAUGUUCGUCUAUGCAUAUCACGCACGGCUCGGCUAAUGAGGGCAGGCUGUUGUCGUAAAGCAUCAAACUCUUCGAUGAUUCUUUGGCGUAACGCAUCAAUAAAGGUUCAGGCAUUCAAAUUAGAACAAUGGUGAAUUUCUAAGGGUAGCGGGUUUUUUGAGACACCCUGUACAGUAUGUGAUAAAAAAUCAUGUUAAUUUACAUAAAUUUUAGCUUUGAUUUUCUCGGUUUGGACAAAGUUUAUUUUAAAAAUUACUUCGCCAAUGAACUCGUAUAAGAUGAGUCGUUUUUGAAGCCAUUUAAAGCACUUGUAGUCGUGUUUUAUCACAUAUAAUCCGCUACGCGUCGUGUUUUAUAUGUGAUAAAAACACUCCUACGCGUGCUUUAAAUAGUACUUAAAUCAUUUUAAGUACAACGACCCAAUAAAUUCCACUAGUUAUCUUUAUAAAGAUCUUUAUAAAGAUGCCUAUAGUCACUAAUUAGUGGACUUCAUUGAGUCCUUGUUUAUUUAUUUAUUUAUUUAUUUAUUUACUCAAUUUAAUGAGACAUUUUGAGAUUACAAAAAUAGUAUAAGAAGACAGAUUUAUAUACAGAACUAAUAGUUCCUUACAAGAUAAACUGCGUACUUGAAUAUAUUGUUGCUAUCUUCAUUUGCAAAGUAAUAUAUUCAUUUCUAGCAUAUCAUCAACAAGCAAAUAGCUGCAUUAACACAAUUGCGUGAAUUAAAUUUUUUGGCAAGGAAUUUCAUAGCUCACGAAAUUUGCCGACGAGGUCAAGUGACCCCGAUUCAUUUUCACUUUGAACGUUUGUUAUAAAUCAAUUCAUGUGUAUCCAAUGUUUACUUCCGCAUUUUACAUGCAAAGACACGUCGUGUUGCUGCAAACCUCUCGUUUACAUCUCUGUAUUUAAACGGCUUCAGUCAGCUUUAUAUAUCACUCCAUGAUCAUGGCUUCACGAUAUCACGACGAUUGGCAAUCAAGUAAGAAAACAGUCUUACAAAGAAACGCGUAUAUGCUUGAUAACGAAUUGAUGAGCGAUGUAUCUUUCACUUGUGGGGAAUCAAGUCGCAUAUUUCAUGCACACAAAUACGUGCUUGCUACGAGCAGUGCUGUGUUCUUUGCCAUGUUUUACGGGAAUUUAGCCGAGAAAGAAUCUCCCAUUUGUAUUCCAGACGCGGAAGAAGAAAGCUUCGAAGAGUUUCUGCGAUUUCUGUACACUGACGAUUGUAAAAUAACCGCCGAGAACGCGAUAGUUGUUAGGUAUUUGGCUAAGAAGUAUCUCGUUUCGUCUUUGGCGGAGAAGUGUUGUGAGAUUCUGGAGGCAAGCAUCAAGCCUGAUAAUGCCUUCGCGGUGUUGAAGCAAGCGGUGCAAUUUGAUGAAAAAGAGUUAGAAGAAAAGUGCUGGAAUAUUGUUUCGGAGAAAACUCAGGAAUGCAUCAACUCGGAAGCGUUCUGUAGUAUCGGAUCAUCUACACUCAAUGCUUUUUUAAAGAAAGAGACGUUCUCGAUAACAGAAAUGGAAUUGUUCAAAGCAAUAUUGAAAUGGACCGAUAAGGAAUGUGAAAGACAGGGUUUAAAUAUCGAAUAUGAUAAAACAGCAAGAAGACGCAUCCUCGGAGAUUGUGUUUAUGAAAUUCCUUUCCUUGCAAUGUCAGAAGAAAACUUUGUAAAAUAUGUCUCCCCCACUGGAAUACUUACAGACACAGAAAUUGUGUCCAUUUCGCAAAAGCUCUAUGGAUUAGACGUGACAGGCUUGAAAUGGAAGGAACAUAAAAAGAAACAACCAUGUUUUGUCAGUUUCAGUAGAUUUGACCCCGCCAAUGUUACCAGCAACAGUUGGAAUUACAUUAGAGGAUAUUCCGAUGCUCUUACUCUGGUUGUCAAUAAAGCUGUUCUCUUUCACGGUGUUCGCUUGUUUGGUUUCAUUGGCGUCCUAUACGAAGUGAAAUUUACGAUCAAGGAUAAGAAUCCUACACUUCAGAACAAGACAGCGACGGCGUGCCGGGUUAUAACGUCAUGUUACCCAAUCCAAUCCCUCUACUGCCAAAUGAAGAGAUUACAAUAAUUGCGACAAUAACAGGACCAUAUUCUCACUGCGGUAACAGUGGAAAAUCAUCAGUGAAAAUCGAUGACAUUGUUGUAACUUUUAAAGACGCGCCUCCUGGCUUAAGUGGUAAUGAGACGAGCAAAAAUCGUGGUCAGUUCUACAAGAUUUUUCUUUCCGAGUUGUAG